UAUGGAAAUGUCAGUCUCAGUUGUUUACAAAAUCAGAAACUUCGUUACGAUUCCCUACAGAGAUGAGCGAUCUGAAGAUUGCAGUUUUGGGUGCCGGUAUUGUUGGGUCGACAACAGUCAUUGAACUUAAGAAAGAAUUUCGAAACGCUUCAGUGCAUAUCAUUUCAGAAAAGUUUCAGAAUGAAACGACCAGCUAUGUUGCUGCUGGGAUAUUCUCACCAGAAGGCGGAAAUCUUGCAGGAAACGAGGAGAGGACAAGAAAAUGGCUAGUUGAUUCCUAUAAUUACUGGAAUAAUAUUAGACGAACUCAAAAUUUUGAGAUGACCGGCGUGAGAGAAUUAUCAGGGUAUAUCUUUUCAAGGGAUCAUCCACAUAUUGUAAAGAAUGAAUGGCUGGAGAAAUUACUACCAUUAUACAGGGCGGCUGAAGAAGAUGAGAUGGCAAUGUAUCCAGGAGGAUGGAAAUAUGGAAGUUACUUCACAACUUUGCAAACUGUACCCGGAAAUUAUUUGAAAUGGACUGCAAAUAUUAUUGAGGAUCUAGGAAUAAAGGUUGAAAAAAGAAAGGUAUCAUCAUUUGCUGAAGUUUGUGACGAUUUUGACAUAUUAGUCAACUGCACUGGUAUGGGCGCUAAAUUUUUAUGCAAGGAUAAAGCAGUUUUUCCAUUGAGAGGACAGUUGUCUAUUGUGAGAGCCCCUUGGAUUAAAGAAUUUGUUUUCGGGGAAUGGGACACCUACGUUAUUCCAAGUUUUGAAAACGUCAUUUUGGGAGGUUGUAGGCAAUAUGAGUCAUACGAUACGGCCGUUAACCGAUACGAUGCAUUGUCAAUGGAGGAAAGAUGCAAAAACAUGAUUCCAAGUUUGAAUAAAGGGCAAUUAGUGGAAUACAGAGUGGGCUUGCGACCCUAUCGAGUACCAACCAGAGUGGAGAAGGAGUAUAGACUUGUUGGAUCAAAACUGGUGAAAAUUGUCCAUAAUUAUGGGCAUGGAGGACAGGGAAUUACGUUCUCUCCAGGAACAUCUCUGAAUGCGGUACAAUUAGUGAGGGAUAUGCUCACCGAGAAGCAGAGCAAACUAUGAAAAAUUCAAUUUCAGAAUAAUAUAUGUACAGGGUAACAAUAAAAUAAUAAUGGUUGACACUAAAA